CUACGAAACCCCAAUCCCUCUCUCGGACGGCAAUUAUAUAUCCCACCCCCAAGUUAACUAAAUGGCGGUUGCACCUCAAAAACACCUCCUCUAGAACAUCCUCAAAAAUACCUUUGACCUCCCUUCUCCUCUUUUGUGGUGCUGUGUAAAUCAAGAAACCUCUCUCUCUCUCUCUCUCUCUCUCUCUCUCUCUCUCUCUCUGUGGUAUACCUCUUGUGUAUACACAUAUCCUCCCUCAGGACCCUCACUAUAUAAAUCGCCCUCCCCAAUCUCUGAAUCCCCCUCUCAAACCCCCCCUCCUCAGAAAAUUCAUGUGUUUAAUCUCAGAAUACUACUCUAACCAAUUAUACCAUGAGCAACGUUCCAAGAGUAUCUCUAUCAGACUCUUCCCUGACCCUCUUCAAACUGGCCAUUUCUGGCUCUGACCCCUGGCCCUUCUCUAUCGUCUCCUUCUAGCCUCUGAUCAAAUUCAAACAAAAAAGAAAGAUCCAUCACACCAAGGGGUUUCUUGUAAUUUUCUUGGUUUUUUUUGUUUGUUUGUUUUUUGUUUGGAAGUACAGAUGGGAGGAGACAAGAUUAGUGUGUUGAAUAAUUUUCACCUGCACUUCCCCCACCUUCAUCUCCACCACAAGAAGGAGAUGAUGGUGAAGGACAUUCCGAAGGGCUGUCUGGCUGUUAUGGUGGGGCAAGGGGAGGAGCAGCAGAGGAUUAUAAUCCCGGUCAUAUACAUCAACCACCCACUCUUUAUCCAGCUGCUGAAGGAAGCCGAGGAAGAGUAUGGGUUCGAUCACAAGGGACCCAUUAACAUUCCUUGCCACGUCGAGCAGUUCCGCCAUGUCCAGGGCAUGAUUGACAAAGAUCAGCAGUCCCACCACCACCACAGCCACCACCACCACCACCUUCUUUGCUUCAAGGUUUGAAAGAUUGUGGAUUUGAAUUGAAAGUUGGGAGCUUCCGUGUAAAAUAUUCAGCAGUGUCACGGAUACAGAUGUUCCGAAACCAUCUCCCAAUUAUUUUAAACUUGUUGUUUAAUGUUUGAUUUUUUUGUUCUGUUCUUGUUUUUAUUUAGUGUAGUAAUUUGGUGAACCCAAAUACAUGUACCCAGAUUGCUGUGGAAGUUGAUGACAGUAUUAAUUAUUACAUAAAGUUAUUCAUAUUUGUAGCUGUA